AUGGCCCGCACCCCGAAAGCGACGCCAGCGCGCCGCACGGGCGGCGCGAAAAAGAAGCAGGAGCGCCGCGACCCGGACAAGCCGAAGCGGAGAUACCGGCCAGGCACGGUGGCGCUGCGGGAGAUCCGCAAAUACCAGCGCUCGACGGAACUCUUGAUACGCAAGCUGCCCUUCGCCCGCCUCGUGCGCGAAAUCUCCAACCGCUGCAGCCCCGAGCCGCUCCGGUGGACAGCGGAGGCGCUGCUGGCGCUGCAGGACGCGGCGGAGGCCGCCAUGGUCGGCCUGUUCGAGGACACAAACCUGUGCGCCAUCCAUGCCAAGAGGGUAACCAUCAUGAUCCGGGACAUGCAGCUGGCCAGGCGGAUCCGCGGCCGGCUCCAUGGCUUCGGCGGGUACUGA